AUGAAGGAAAUUGAUAAAAUGUAAUAUUGUUUCUUCUCUGGUGGAGAGGUCUGUCUACAAAGACUACUUCCAACCUGGUACAGUAAGUGGGCAAAAUGACCAGCUGCAUGUCUGACUUGCCAAACAGUUUGGUCAGGAAGGAUACAGCAGCUUAUUGUCUUUACAUGUUAGUGAUUCUUCACCAACAGUGUUUGCUUGAAGCACUUUACUCUGGCAUUUAGAAAUGAAGCACUUCAUAACUAUAAACCUUGGGCUAUUUGGGUGGGUGCACCAUUCUAGAAAAUGUAGAUAAGUGUAGAACAGGCAUAGUUCUCAGUCAUAAACAGGGCAUCGUGUGAGCUGCUCUAUACAUUACAUUUCUAUAUGGAACACUCAGAACAUUGCCCCUCCCCACUUAAUAGACCCCUUACUAUCCUACAUGUUCUCCCUUCAGGUAUAUACAGUGAGCUCCAAAAGUAUUGGGACAGUGACAAUUUUGUUGUUGUUUUGGCUCUGUACUCUAGCACUUUGGAUUUGAAAUGAUACAAUGACUGUGGGGUUAAAGUGCAGACUGACAUAUUUCAUUUGAGGGUAUUUUCAUCCAUAUCGGGUGAACCAUUUAGAAAUUACAGCACUUUUUGUACAUAGUCCCCCCAUUUUACAGAUCGUCCUGAAUGAAUCGUGAAAUGUGUUUAGAAACAUAUUCUAUUCUUAUUUACAAUAAAUGUGACACAUAAGUGAAUUUGUCCCAAUACUUCUGGUCUCCUAAAAUGGAGGGACUAUGUACAAAAACAGCUGUAAUCUCUAAACGGUUCACCGGAUAUGGAUGAAAAUACCCUCAAAGUCGUCGUAUAAUUUCAAAUUCAAAAUGCUGGAUUACAGAGCCAAAACAACAAAAAAUGUGUCACUGCCCCAAUACUUUUAAAGCUCACUGUAUGUUCAGAAUGUGGAUAUGAGCUCUUCUCCAGCAUAUCCAAGUUUGAGCAUUCCUCACCAUAGCCUGCCUUCUCUCAGACCAUCCACCAGGACAGUGUGUCCACAUACUCUGAGAAUUGGGGACCAGUGAAGGUGUGUUGUGUGUGCAGUCAGAGAGGGACUGAUUCACCCUUAUGGCCUAUAGGAGACCUAACGUGUGUAGGAGUUGUUGUGACUUAGUGUGAUUGUUGGCAAUAGAGGCUUCAGUUUUUGAGCAGUGGCACUUUAAUAUGUUUAAUGUGUAACCUUUUAACAAGGAUACAGAAUUUUUAAACAGAGGGAAUCCUUUCUGGAUGUUGUUUGUUUCAGGUCUGUUGUGGAAGUGUGGAAACGGACUGGGUCAUGAGUUCUUAUACGACGGACCAUGAGAGGGACUCUCCUGCUUCUGAAUAUUCAGCAGCUCACUCACAUUCAUCCCCAAAGGUGGGAAUUCAGUGUGUUUAACCUCUGUGAGCAGAAAGAGUUAUCAUCCUGUGUAGAAUAUAACUCAUUUGUUCCUGGGGAAAAACAACAACAACACAAACAAACAAAGACACUAAUGGAGGGUUAAAGACAGUCUUUAUGUAUUCUCCUCUGAUAUAGAGUACUACAGUAUAUACUCUUACUCUGACCCUGCUCCCCCCCCCCCCCCCCCCCCCACACACACCUUCAGGAGUCUGUGCUGCUGAAGGUGUGGAGGACAGUGCAUGAAGUGUCCUGGAUAAUAGCCUAAAAAGUUGUUUGAUUGUCUUUUAUAACACAUAAGCCAAUAGCCAUCUAUUAGACAUUAAAUACAGUGCUACUGCUUUUUAUUAAAUACAAGUCAUCAUGUAUUACAAUGAAGCACUGAAUUAAUGCAUAAUAAUUGCCUCUGUUAAAGUUCAAUUCAGGGACUGUCUGUGUAUUUUAAUUUUUUUAUCAAUGUUUAUUCCCUUCUGAAUUUCAGUCUCUUCAGCCAGCGAGUGGGUCUUAGUUUAUGAUCUGUAGUAAAGAGUGACUUUGGUGUCAAAUUACAUUACAUAGCCACUUGCACUGGAGGCUGGAAAGUCCCACCUAUUUCAUUCCAUGAAAGGCCCAUCACUUCUUGGCAGACAGAUACUCAAACGAAGCACAACGCUGGAAAUCUAUCUGCAUCCACAUAAACUAGUUCUGGCAUCGUUCUAUGACAAACACAGAAGGUUUUUAUAUUGAAUUCAAUAGAAGGAAACAGAGAGAGCGAGAGAGAGAGCGAGAGAGAGAGAGAGAGACGGCCAGUUCCUUAAUGUAUCCAUUGGCUGUAUUAUACCGCCCAAACAUUAAGGAACUGACAGUCUCUUUAUCUCCUCUCUCUCUGUCUUCUUAUAUUAAAUUAUAGGUAGCCUAAUAUUUAAUCCCUUAGCUAAGUGGGCAGGGGGGAACACAUGACAGGCAUUAAUUAGAAAUAUGUUUUAAGGUAUUAUAUAAACCAAUGGUAAUCUAUAAGGCAUUUAUUCAGUGAUUUUCUUCUUUGUCAAAUAUAUGUGUUUAUUCAUUCACAACUAGGAUAUGAUGGGUAACACUUUAUUUAAAGGUUCUGUAAUAAACCAUCAGGUGAAUGGGCAAGACAAAAUAUUCAAGGGCCUUUGAACGUGGUAUGGUAGUAGGUGCCAGGCUGGAUUUUUCACUUUCAAAAGAUCCUCUAUGUAUCAAGAAUGGUCCACCACCCAUAGGACAUCAAGCCAACUUGACCCAACUGUGGGAAGCAUUGGAGUCAACAUGAAUGCUUUCAACACCUUGUAGUCCAUGCCCCUGCGAAAUUGACGCUGUUCUGAGCAUAAAAGGGGCGGGACGUCAGAUUUUCUGUUAUGUUUUCUGUGUUAUAGGUGGCAGAGAUGCGUCAAUCAGUAUAUUGGACUUUUCUGUGAUGUUCCCCAGCUCUGUGUUCUGUCGAAUUCCUCCCCCUCCUGGUCCUCCCUUUUUUACAUGACCGGACAAUACCCGGGUGAGUCACACUCGAUAAGUCCUGUGUAUGGGGCUUCAACCAGUUGUCUCUGGUCAAAGACAGGGGUUCAGCACUUUGUCUGGGUAAAGGGCUAAUGCUCUACAGGCUAGACUCUCAGUGCUCCUUUAAGUGUGCCUUUAACACAGUUACCCCCGAGGCCCCCUUUGGUUUCCUGCUAAAGCCCACCAUAUGGUCUGGUAACGGGCUACCCAUGGUAGAGCACCUCAAGCUAAGGUUGUUAUCAGUGUUCCUUUUCUUCUGAAUACUUUAUUCAACCAAUAGAGUAACUAGUUAGUGAAAACUAGUAAGACUUCAUGUUUGGUUCCUGAGUUUCACAAAUGAUAGUUUUUUUCAAUACAACUUGGUUCUUUCAGAAGAGGUUAUUUGCUUCUCAACUCUCUUUCACAAAACUACAAUUGCUUUUAAUAGUUCUAUCUUACCCUAUAGCUUUCCUCAUUACAACACUUCAAGGUGUCAAUGCCCCAAAUUCUGCACUCUUCUGGCAAUUAAGCCCACGACUUCCUCAAACAAAGUUAUACAACACAUCGUUACCUUCACACGUGAUGCUGUUAAACAAAGUUAGAUAACACAUUUCCCCUUCACACAUGACGACGACCCACGGUGAUGUCUCCUCUAAUGCCCACCUGUUGUUCAACAGCUCUAUCAGCUCUGACCCAGGGCAUGAGUACAACAGGGUGCUUCCAUAUGAGGUGAACUUCCACCCUCCGGCAGAGGAAUAUCUGUACACGGUUGCUCCGCACCCGACACUUCUUAUCUGCCUUUAACUGGGUCAUGCUGUAUUUCAGCUGCUCGGGGCUGGCUCUUCUUCUUCUUCUGCUGCUGCUGCUGUUUUUUCUUCUUCUUCUGCUUCUUCUUUGUUUUACGACCGGCAGAGUCCUGUUGGGGGACUGGAUGAGUCAUUAGGUCACCAGGACAUGGUCCAAUCACGACAACCCCUCCAUGGAGUCAUCCAAUGGUUGUGA